GAACAUGAAGACGACAUCAUGAAGACACUGACUCAGGCGCUGGCCAAGACCGGCGCCGUGAUCGAGAAGACCGUUCAUACCACUGUGCAAGAAGUGACCGGACCGCGGCAGCUGCAGGACUACGAUCUCAUAGACCAGGCCGGCUCCGGUGGCCGUGGUCUCGUCUGGCACCUCUUCUCCGCUCGCCUUCGCGCCUCCGCCCCUUUCUCGACAAGCGAGCCCUCUCCAAGACUCGCUCCCGCGCGGGCCUCUCCAAGGCCGCCGAGGACGCGUUCGUCGACCUCGUCCGCGUAGAUGCUGCCCGCCUUGUGCGAAUCCGCCAUCCCGGAGUACUCCACGUCGUCCAGGUCCUCGACGAGAGUAAGAACGCGAUCGCCAUGGUGACUGAGCCGAUCUUCGCCUCAGUCGCUAACGCCCUUGGCCAGCUAGACAACAUUUCCCGCGCCCCUAAGUAACUCAAAGGCAUGGAAAGAGAUAAUAUGUAGAAGUCAGAAUUUCUAAAAGCUUUAUUUGAUAUGUGGAAAGAUUUUGAUUCUCGUGUUUUGCGCUACAAGGUUCUUCCACCACUUUGUGCUGAGCUGCGGAAUAUGGUAAUACAACCAAUGAUUCUUCCUAUGAUUCUUAAAAUAGCUGACUCCCAGGAAAAAAAUGAUUUUGAGCAUUCAACUUUGCCUGCACUUGUUCCAAUUCUAAGUUAUGCAUCAGGAGAAACACUUCUUUUACUUGUAAAGAAUGCAGAGCUUAUUAUUCACAAGGUCAGCCAACAAGACUUGAUACCUCACGUACUUCCCUUCUUUGUUCGAGCUUUUGAUGAUAGUGAUCCCUGUAUACAAGAAGAGGUUUUGCAGAGGACUGUUCCCUUGUUAAGGCAACUUGAUGUGCAGUUAGUGAAACAAACCAUGGUGUCUCGUGUUCACAGUUCGGCUCUGAAAACAACAGUUGCUUCUUAUGGAAGAGAGUUUGCUGUUGAGCAUGUGCUCCCGCUGCUUUUCCCAUUGCUUGCUUCUCAGCAACUGAAUGUUCAGCAAUUUGCCAAGUACAUGCUCUUCGUUAAGGAUAUCCUAAGAACGAUAGAAGAGAAACUGGGUGUCAGAGUGACUUAUUCUGGAUCUCCAGAUGUUAAAUUGUCUGCUACGUCAGCUAAUGAGAUGAAGACUGAACUAUUGCCAAAACUAACUGAACAAAACUCAUCGACCAAGAGUAAGCCAUCAUGGGGUGAAGACUGGGGUCCAACAGUUAAGAAGACUGGAAACACAUCACUUCCUGUGGAGGCCAGCCAUCAACCUGAAAGGGCAGUACCAAUCUUGCAGCAGGCACCUAUCACUGAUAUUCCUUUGAGGUCUAUUACUGCAGCGUCUAGCCAACAGACUUCUCCUACAUGCACCCCUGUUAAUGUUGAAUGGCCUCCUUCCAAGUCACAUUCCGGGUUUGGUGUACAUCUGGGUGUGAAUGAAAAUCAGAAUGCCAUGGGGACUUCAAAUAGUUCUUUUGAUGAUUUGAAUCCCUUUGCCAAUUGGCCUCCGAGAUCAAGUAAUUCAGCAAGCAGCUUAGUAUCUGUAAAUGCACCAAAUCAGAGUUAUGGAAUUUCUGGACCUGAUUUUCCACCAACACAUCUAUUGUGCAGUUAAAGGCACAAAAUGUGAAUUUGAUCUCGAACCUAAACAAUCAAGGUGGUUUUCCAAUGAAUAGCCAAAGUUUUGGUCAGCUGAACCAUCCGUCCACAUCAGUUGUUGGAGGCCAAGGCUCUGCAUCAGGUGUGAGUUAUUCCAAUGAUAAAAGCAGUGUGACUAAAACAACAGAUAUAGGAUCCAUAUUUGCCUCAGUGGAAGACAAUCAAAAGCAUCGCAGUCUACAUAUGUUCAAGGACCAUUGGAACAGCCUCCCCUGUUAGAUUUACUUGAGUCACAUUAUUUUUUUUUUUCCUCAUUGCUCCUUUCUUGUUUUAAAAUUGGCUCAUAUCAGCUCUACCAGAAAGUCAUCUAUUGGAUGAUAAAAGCAUCACGGACUUUUUAUUGUUCUAGUUGUAUUGUGGCAUAUUGAUACACGUCAUCCAAAGUGUCCGUACAUGUACAAGUGCUAUGAACGUGUCUAGAGAGAGAGAGCGAGCGAGCGAUUUCUUCUAUCACUUCCAACGCUUGUUUGACACAAGAAAAUGAGUCGAUGGAGUACUGUGUUAGUAGUA